GCGGCGGUUGGAAAUUUGAAUUUGAGGGCAGGAAAAAAAACGGCGGAGACUCGAGACCCGCGAAUAAGAGAGAGAGAGAGAGACCGACACCGGCGGUAAGAGAGAGAGAGACACCGGGGAUAACAGCGAGAGAGACACCGGGGAUAAGAGAGAGAGAGAGACACCGACCCUGACACCGGGGGUAAAGAGAGACCGACCGACCACCGGGCCUGCGACCCUGCGACCCGCACUGCCCUGACACCGGGGCGGGGGGGAAGGUGAAGGCGAAGAUGAUUCAAAGGCGAUCUGUCAAGGCCUCUUCCUCGGAGAACGAGGGGCCACAACAAUUUCACACUCCAACCAAGAUGUCCGAUCCCCGGCAGCCGCUGCGGGACAUGUUGCUCCAGAACAGUGUCCAGCGGGGGCUGAAGAAGUUGGAUGUGGACCGGCUUUCCAUGAAUGUGAAUGUCACAGGUCUAACGCCGAUGCUCAACAAACUUCACUUACAGAGCGAGAUUCCAAGCUCCCCAACCCUUGUUUAUGAAGAUGUCUUUGGAGAAGAGCUGCUCAAAAGUGCUGCUCGGGCAAGAGGGCUGACUCCACUUGUGGCUCGUGGAGUCCUUAAAUCCCGGGCUCCUGUGAGACCCAUAAGGCCAGAGACUCCAUCACUAAUCCGAGAAUCUCUGAACAACUCCUCUGUGCCAUCUGUGUGUGCACCAUCUGCCGAUACUGGCAACGCUGUUCAGCCAGAAGAUUCAAUGCUGGAGACUGAAGUGGAAGUUGAGACUGUCCCUGGACAGGAUAAACUGGACAAGCGAGAUAGACUCCCAGUGAUGUUCAAGUCUCCAAGUCCCUGUGUGGCUGUGGCUAUUCCUGCUAGCCCACAGCCUGACCGACGGAUGGACACACCUCAGCAGCCUUGUCCUGAGGCUCUUGCUGAUGUAUGUUCAGGCUCCGUUCCUCAAAUGGACACCAACCGAGAUGAGGAUCAACUUGUGAAAACCCAAACGGCAGCAGUUUCCUUCCCCCAGCCAGUGGUCGAAAGUCUUGAAAACCUAAACGGGGCGGUCACUGCCAACUCUGCCGUGAAGUCCCCAGAAGUGCACGUGAGUCCUAUACCCAGGAUGGAUAUGGAGAGGGAGACUUUCUCUACAAAGGCGGUCGAGAGGCCUGAAAGUUCCCCUGGAAUCUCGGAGGCUUUAGGCUGUACAUUGGUUACAAGCCCCAGUCCCAGUGUGGAAGUCCAGCGAGGCAUUGGAGAGAAUUGUGACAUGAACAUUAGCAUUGAGACAUUGCCAGUGCUGCGCAGUCCAUCAUUCUCCGUUGAGACAGAGGCUGGAGAGGUGGCUCUGAGCCCACAGCCCAGGGUGGACAUUGAAAGCAGCACAAGCACCCCAAUCCUGAGCCCUCGGGUUGUGGAAAUACUGUGUGCAUUUCAGACUGUGCCAGAGGCGAUCCACAACCUCAUUCCUGGACCUCAGAUAGAGGAGGAGGGAAGACCUGAUGUGGAGGUGGGCACGAGCCCUCUCCCUGGGCCGGGUAUGGAGAUGACUAACCUGGUAGAUGAUGUCAGUGAGGUGGUGACUAGCCCAGUAACUGAUGCCAGUGAAGAGGUGACUAACGUGUUAGAUGAUGUGAUUGAGGAGGUGAUUAACCUGGUAACUGACGCUAUUGAGGAGAUGACUAGCCCAGAAGCUGAUGCCAGUGAGGUGACCAACCAGCUAGAUUAUAGUGAGGAGGUGACGAUCCCGGUAACUGGCAUUAGUGUUGAAAAUACAGACUGCUUCUCUGAGCCAGGUGAGGAGCUCACUGGCCUUCUGCCUGGGUCCAGUGAUGAGGAGGUCACUAGGCAACUUCCUGAAGCCAAUGCUAAGAAGGACGUGAGCUUUUUACCCGAUACAGGUGUGGAGGUGGGCACGAGCCCUCUCACUGGGCCGGGUAUGGAGAUGACUAACCUGGUAGAUGAUGUCAGUGAGGAGGUGACUAGCCCAGUAACUGAUGCCAGUGAAGAGGUGACUAACGUGUUAGAUGAUGUGAUUGAGGAGGUGAUUAACCUGGUAACUGACGCCAUUGAGGAGAUGACUAGCCCAGUAGCUGAUGCCAGUGAGGAGGUGACCAACCAGCUAGAUUAUAGUGAGGAGGUGACGAUCCCGGUAACUGGCAUUAGUGUUGAAAAUACAGACGGCUUCUCUGAGCCAGGUGAGGAGCUCACUGGCCUUCUGCCUGGGACCAGUGUUGAGGAGGUCACUAGGGAACUUCCUGAGGCCAAUGCUAAGAAGGAUGUGAGCUUUUUACCCGAUACAGGUGUGGAGGUGGGCACGAGCCCUAUGCAACCUAUGCCAACUUGUGCCCUGAUGUGCAUGGUCCACACCAAGGGCUUCCAUACGCCUACCCCAAUGGACGCCAUGGCUGGUUGGAGACUGUUGGGAACAGAAGUCAUCCGUAAUCGCGUCUGCAUUCGGGAAGUGAGCACGGCCAUCACCCCCAUUGGAACACAGUGUGCAGAGAGCAGCAUGACCCCGCUGAGCCUUGCCGACAAGAGCAUCAACACCUCACUGCAGGAGGAGGUCAGGCAAAGCCAAGUGGUGGACAGUGCCACGCUCACAGACUCGCUCCUGUGGAAUAUUUCCCGCAAAGAUCUGGACUCGGUUCCUCGGGAGGUAUUGGAGCGCCGCUUGGAGACUGCGCUGCUCAUGAAUGAUGUGCUGUGCAGCCAGCUGAACGACCUGGCCAAGAGCAAGGGAGUGGGUCUUCAUGUCGGGCCUGCUGAUCUGAGGGAGAUUUUCACCCAGACUGACAGCACACAGGCCCCAGAGGUUGAACAGCAGUACCGUGAUCUCUAUCUCCGCACACUCGGGCGCAUGCAGGACCUGGAGAUGAGCCUGGAACAGUAUCAGCAGCUUCAGAACUUCAUCUGCCAGAAUCGCGAGGAACAAAAUCGGGCAGUGCAAGAGGUUGAGGAAACCUCUGGGUACAUGGCCAGUGCUUAUGAGGAAGUGAAGAAGGAACGAGUCAAAUUGAGGCAGCAGACCCAGGAGAUGAAGCAGUUGCUGAAGAGCAGCACGGAGGUCCUGUACACCAUGAGGGAACGCACUCGCUGUGCCUUCCAAGAGCAUGCUCAGAUGAAGCGGAACAUGGAGAAUGCACUGACAGAGAAGGAAGCAGUGGAUCAGUGUUGCAGACUGCUCUCUGGGAGUUCUGCCGACCGGAUCGCUCGGCUAGAGUUGGACCUGGUCACCUGGAAAGAGCUGUGCGCGUCGCUACAGAAAGCUGGUGCUGAGCAGGGCGCUUGGUGCGAGGAGUUUGAGAGCACAAUGGACUGUGUGGGGACAACACAUCACCGGGUAGUGGAGAAUCAGCAGAAGCUACGGCUGCAGCUGAAAGAAGCAGGAGACCUGGCUCAUCACAGCUUGGCUCAGCUCCAAGCACUGAAUAGAAGAGCCCAGGCUGCCCUGGAGGAGCAAGCGGCGCUGAGGAGUCAAGCAGAAGAAACUGAGUACCAACGUGAUACUGUACAACAGAAGCUGGAUCACACUGCGAAAGAGCUCGGGAAUGCGCAGGAGCAACUUCUUUGGCUGAGCUCUGAGAAACUCCAGCUCCAAUCUGAAUUGCAGACCAGGAGUGACCAGCUGACUGAGCUGGGGGUAGAGAGGGACAAGCUGAUGAAUGGCAACGCCAAGUACUUUGUGGAAGUGGCAACAACCGAGGCCUCGCUCAAACUGCUUGAGGUCACUUUAGCCGAGAUGACAGAAAAGUUGCAGGCUUCUGAGGCACACAACAAAGAGCUUGAGGACACUAUAAAGGAGAACACACAAAGCUGGGAGCAAACUCUGAGCAGCCUGAAGCAGGAAAAGGAAUCCGGGGAACGCCUUGUCUUGGAGUACCAAGAGCAGCUGGCGCUCUUCGGGGAGACGCUGAGAGAGAGCCAGAAGAAGCUGUACGAGCUCUCUGAGGUGCAGGCACAGUUCACCAUCCUCUCCGAAAAUACUGAGUUUAUGGAGCAGGAGGUGAAGCUAUCGCACGAGCAGCUGAAGGAAACAGAAGCGAAUCUGAGGUCUCAGGUGGAUUUGCUGCACAGCCGGGAACUGGAGUGUAAGGAACUGCGGACUGAACAGAACAGCCUGCGAUUGAAGUUGGAGACGGUCAAGCAAAACGCAAGGCUGAUGUGCCAGGCCCUGAUGCAGGUUUCGGCUCUGAAAGACCGGGUGCAAGCUUUCACCCAAGCCACCGAGGCUGCUUUGCAGAGUCAACAGAGUCAAUCAGGAGCAGCACAUGACCAAUCGAACCUGGUGAACUUGUCACUUGUUUGUGAAGUUCUUCAGGCAGCAGCAAAGAGACCAGACCCUGAGGAGAAUGAACCCAAUAAAGACCAUGAAAGAGAUGCCUCUUGUAGCUUUAAAAGCCAUAAGAGUGUGUUUGCUCCCAUUGAGCCAGCCACGCCACUGAAACUGGACAAUGUGGACACUUGGCUGCGGAGAGUGGAAGACCUGGGGGAGGCUGUGUCAGAUCUCCUCGAUGUAGCCUCGCGUAGAGAGAGAGGGUACCACCAACAGGCACAAAAACUGCUACAGGAAAUCGCUGAUAUGAAGGCCCAGAGAAAGGCCAUGCUCUUGAAUUGCGAUACUCUGACGGACAAGCUCACAGACCUGAAGAUCCAAAACAAGAGGCUGAGCCAAGACCUGGAGAGACAGGAUAAGACUAACCAAAAUCUGGAGAAAACUAUAGCAUCUCAGGACGACAACAUCCUUUAUCUCCAUAAGCAAAUGGAAACCAACUUCAAGGAGCACGGGGUGGUUCUGGCCUUGCAGGACGAGGUGAUGGAGCUGAAGCGCUCGCUCCAACGUGCUCAGGUCGAGACGGACACAUUCCGUGAGGAGAUGAUCAAACUCCGAGAGUCCGGGUCAGCUGCAGACAUCGACUGGCUGCAAGAGAAAGUGGAGCUUCGGCAUCAGGUGAGAAAGCUGAGAGACCGAGUCCUGCAAUACGAGAACACUGUCCAGCAGAUGAGCAGACACAGGAACACCCUAGAGGAGAAUAGUCGGAAGGGGGAGAGAGAAUUGGCUAUCCUGGACAACCUCAUUGAGAACAUCAGAACGACUCUCCUGUCGAUUCCUCACACCGUGGCUGGCUCUCAGGAGCUGAAGAGCCUCCUGCACUUGCUGGGAGAAGACUAGAGUGAACGAUGUGUGAAUGGGUAUAACUUUGGGGGCUGCUUUGUUAACUACUCUGGGUCCAUUGGUUACUAUUGAAUGGUCUAUGUUCAAGAGCAAGGCUGCUCACUGGAUUAGGUGUUGGGUCAGGGGCCUGCCCGCUACGUUUCUUGUGGAGGUGGGU